AGCCCUAUCUAUUUUGCUAGACAACACUGGAUUGUUUUGCCCAAAUUGGUCCUGUUUAAGUGAAAUCUUGCUUUGGUGACCCUAUCAUGUGAAGCGAUAUCUUCAGGGCUAAAUAAAAUACUUGUUGGAUUCGAUUGGAUUGGAUUAAUCAUACAUCUGCAUUGAGGGUACACAAGUUAUAGCAAGAUUCAGUAUGUGGUAUUGGGGCUACUGGAUUGUUGUUGCCAAAUCCGUGGUACUUUUUAUAGUAACUGGCAUCGCGAAGUCUUUCGGUGUUUUUAUUCCUACAAUGGUCGAGCGUCUGGAGUCAGAUUAUGCUACUGUCGGAUUGAUAUGUAGCUUGCCUGCAACAUCUAUGUACCUCUUAAGUCCUUUUGUAACACUUGUUCUGAAGAAGAUCAACCAUCGCGUUGUCGCUAUGCUAGGCGGAGUGUUGUGUGGAUCAUGUAUUAUUGCCAGCGCUUUCUUCAAAAACUCAGUUACUGUAGGAGUCUGUCUCGCUUUAUCAGGUGUUGGCUUGUCAAUGACCUACAUGCCAACAGUGAUUGCACUGAAUGAUUUCUUCAGAGAAAAAUUCGUUUUGAUGAACACAAUCACGUUGUACGGCUACACCACUGGAUCCAUGCUGCUCCCUAUUAUAAUGGAACGGUCAUUCGAAGCAUAUGGCUAUGUAGGGGCUUUUAUUAUCCUUGGCGGUAUUGCUUUUAACCUUUUCGCGUGCGGUGCAACGAUACGCAAAGCACCAAGAAACGCAGCUACAAAUGAAGGCAGAAGUGAUAAUGAAGUAAAAGAGAAACAGAAGUGUCUCUCUAAAGGAGAGCCUUCAAUGCAAACAGAAGGCAUCUGUUAUCGCGAGGAGGAGGAGGAAGUGGAAAGAGAGGAGGAUAAGGAGGAAGAUGAUAGUGAAGAGUGCGUCUUAGAGAAAAGGCGUUUGAUUCAAAACGAGAGACGUAACACCAGUACACAGGAAACAUCCCCGAAUGCGCGCUCAUCUUGGACAAGCUCCGCCUUUCAAACCGGCAAACGGUUCUGUGGAAUAUUAAACGAACCACUCUAUCUUUUCACCAUCCCGAUUAAUUUCUUGUGCCUUUUCUCCAUGUAUUCGUGGAUGCUGUUUCUGGUCCCCCACGCUGAACACCUGGGAAUCCCUCCUUCCAAAGCUAUCUUCCUCUCCACAAUUGGCGGCAUAGGUGGCAUUAUCGGUCGGACCAUCUUCAUCAUCCUCGUCGGCAAAGGCAUCAAUGUUUAUGUCGUCUACAUCGCCAUAGGUCUCAUCGGCACGGCAUCAUUUCUGCUGGACUUCAUCAGUUCUGCUUACGCGGUGCGUGCUACCUUGGCUUUUGUCCAGGGUUUCUCCUUCUUCAUCGAGGAUGCUAUUAUGUCCAGUUUAUUCAAAGAUGCAGUCUUUGACAAUCGGAAUUUUAACAUGGCCGUGGCUCUCGGUUUAUUCGCGGGAGGACUGGGGGCGACAUGUGCAGGAACAAUUACAGGUUAUCUGUUUGAUGUCACCCAGUCAUUCACGAUGGUGUUCAUCAUCGUCGGCUUCAUUCACGCCGUCAUGGUCGUUAAUCUCUUCAUCGUAUGGAUGCUCAUCAAGAGGCGACGACAAGAUGUCAGCUCUUAUUUUGACCAUUGAGGUUUUAGAGGAGGAGGCAGAAACUUCUACCUAUCCUCCUUCCUUUUAAAAUAAAUAAAGGAGGUGCCCUUAACAAGUUGAUACCGAACAACCGAUUAAUAUAAUAAUAACUA